AUGGCAAUCUUUCCAAAAGUAUGUCUCUCUGGAGAAAUAUUUGCGUCAAAAGAAUGCUGUCCUGUACCAGAGGGAUAUGUGGAUAAAUGUGGUGGACCUGAACGUGGAUAUUGCAAUGACAUAGUUGUCAAUAUUGUCGAUUCAACGGAUGGUUUUACUGGUGAUUUUGAACGUUUUCAGUGGCCAACUACAUUUUUUAAUCGAAGUUGUCAAUGUCUCGGUAAUUUCGAUGGACCGGACUGUAGUGACUGUAAGUUCGGCUGGAGUGGAAAAAACUGCACAAACCAGACAACCAGAAUCAGACGUAACAUCUUGAACAUGACGGUGGAAGAAGUAGAACAGUUUAAACUUUACCUCAUCAAGGCAAAGAACACAAUCAGUGACUACAUGAUUCCAACAACGUUGUACAGAAACAUGGACGAUGGCCAACAACCAAUGUUCACCGAAAUAUCUGUUUAUGACUUUUUUACAUGGUUUCACUAUUACUCUGUUUGGGAUAAUAUUGUGAAGCAUUCUGGCGCCAGCCCAGAUUUCGCCCACAGUGGACCUGGAUUUCCAACUUGGCACAGAUCGUUUAUUCAACUGUGGGAAAUGGCAUUGCAAAAGGUUUCUAACAAUGAAGAGUUCGCUCUACCUUACUGGGACUGGGCUGGAGAACCAAACUGUACUAUAUGUACUGACACGUAUUUCGGAAAAUCUACAGAUUCUCUACACAACUUCACGGUAACUGGAACGUUCGCAAACUGGCCAGCAAUUUGUCAUGACUUCGAAAACCUUACACAACAUGGCGAGCUGUGUUCCAAUACCAGACCGUCUUUAAACACUCCGCGCAUCCAGCGUAAUCCUGGAGGGAACGAGUCCCCCGAACUCCAGGUUCUACCGAGUAAAGAAGCUGUGUACUACGCCCUCAGUGUUACAGACUAUGACGUAAUUCCAACUAAUUACGCUCCGGUCUACAAUAAUUGGACACAUUCUCCUUGUAGUUUUCGUAAUGUUUUAGAAGGUUAUGCUGAUUCAGAAAACCAGACCGGGCUUCCUAGGGUACAUCAGUUGCAUAAUCAAGUCCACUUAUACUUCAAUGGUACGAUCUCAGUGAUUGCUAACGCACCAAGCGAUCCGAUCUUUAUUUUGCAUCAUGUCAAUGUUGAUAGAAUAUUAGAGAAAUGGCUGCGAAGGUACAAUGUCACUGCUGAUCAAUUUCCGGACACGUCGGCACCAUUAGGUCACAAUCGUUAUUCAUAUAUAGUACCUACGUUCCCUGUGCGGACCCACAGCGAUUUUUUCAAGAAAUCACAUAAUCUGGGUUAUGACUAUGAUGACAUUGAUGAAUUUGGUCUGCCGCUGGACCCAAUAGAGCGUGAAAAGGAAAUAAUGGCUGUCAACAAAAUGAAGAAAUGUAGAGUACCAAAUGGAGAUUCAGUAAAGAAAUAA